CCCAGCUUCACUGCCAGCCUUGCGCUGCUUCCUCCUUUUCGGUGUGCCAGCCCAUCGGCAAGAUGAAGCUGAACGUUUCAUAUCCAGCGACUGGCACGCAGAAGCUAUUUGAGAUUGACGAUGAGCGGAAGGUGCGAGUCUUCUAUGAGAAGCGUAUGGGCCAGGAAGUGGAAGCUGACCCACUUGGAGAAGAAUGGAAGGGUUAUGUGGUGAGAGUUGCUGGUGGAAAUGACAAGCAAGGCUUCCCCAUGAAGCAG